AUUAUCCCCCAAGAACUAUAGCCGGCAUAUGAUGGCGAGCUUGGACCUGCUCUACAAAGAGGUGCCCAGGGUGUUGGUUAAUGUUCUGGAGAUCUUACAGAUUGAUGGCCUCCGCAGGAUCAAGAGGAACAGUAUAGGCUGCAGCCUUUUACAAAAGAACGUCUGUCCUUGCUUCAUAAUACCGGGAGAGGACUCACUGGAGCUGUCUGAGAUCAAACGGAUCAAUCGGGAAUUCCAGGAUGAGACAGAGUGUCUGGUCUAUGGGGGUCGCUAUGACAACCGUGAGGACUUUACUGUGGUCCUCCAACCCUACUUCCGAAACUCCAUCGUCCCUUUGAACUCAGAAGGUAAGCCGGACAUUACUUACUUCUCCGUGGACUGUUUUCACUUUAGUGAGCAGGGACAUGCUGAAAUGGCCAUUGCACUAUGGAAUAACAUGUUGGAGCCAGUGGGCCAAAAGCAGACCCACAAUAACUUCACAUAUGACCGCAGCAAGAUUCAGUGCCCCAUAGAGGAUCAUCCUUACAUCUUCACUAGAGUGAACAGUUUCCCCAGUGUGCCUACCACAUCAGCCCCCAGCACAGCCACUCCUCUCAAUGCAAUCUGCUCAGAUAAUGUGCCGGUAUGGGUGGCUGCAGUGCUGGCGGUGGUGGGCCUCCUGAUUGGCUGGGGUGUGACCUGGCUCCUCCUCUCCUGCAGGAAGAAGAAAAACAGGAGGAAGAUGGAAAGUGUGGUGGAGAUGAUGAGUACUGGGUUCUAGAACUGCAUUCGACAUAUUUAAUCUCCAAUCUAAAUAAUUUGAUGCUCUCCCCCUCUUGACCUCAGAACAGCCUUAAUUCGUCGGGGGCAUGGACUCUUCGCGUGCCCUUGCCAAAAAUAAACCUGUACCUUUUUAAGCGCUCCAUGUCUUGCAGCGAAGACAAAUGGAUUAUGCUGUGCUCGCAACAAGUCACAUUCUUGUCUGUUUGACAGAAUCGGUCUGUGUCCUCCCCUCUGGUUUAAGUCAACCCUUCAGAACAGCCUCAAUUCGUUGGGGCAAGGACUCUACAAGGUGUCGAAAGCGUUCCACAGGG